UGGUCUGUCUGCUCCCUGGGAGGAGGAGACGGAGACUGCAGUGUUGUUAGUUUGAACAAAAUGGCUGCGAGACCACUGUCAAGGAGAGCUCACUGAACGCCUACCAUGAGUGUCCGCUCCGCCGUCUGGAUCAACACAGAAUGUAUUUCCCCGGAGUCGCUACUCAUUUUGCAUUUGCGGUAGCCAGUCCGUCGCUAGUCGUCCAACAGACGACUUAAACAACAACAACAACAAAAAUCUUUUGCACUUUAAAACAAGUUGGGUGGCUGGCUGACGGCCGUCGGCUUGCUCCGCGAGAAGUCAUCGGCGAUUUUUUUUUUUUUUAACGAAAACUGCCUGAUUUCUCUGGUUUGCAAAACCUAGCAACGGUCGACGACUUACGACGCCAACCAGCUAACGUUAGCUUACAUAAUUUAGCUGCUUUUAAAAGUCAUUUUAAUCGUGUUCGUAUUUUUUUUUGUUUUUGUUAUUAGUGGUGCUUCGUCCGCUUCCCCGCCCCCUCCCCCCGUUAAAUCGUGACGUUUUAACAAAUUGUUUUUGGUAAAAAAAAUAAUUUCACAGCGUAUGUGUUUUGGGUUUUAUUUUUUAAUCUUUUUUCUUCUUGCUCAAAGCAUAAAUUACCGUACUUGCUGUGUAUAUAUCUGGCUGAGUAGCCGUUGUUUACCUCGGUAUCUUGUCACCAAGCUGCUACAGCAGCAGUCGGCUUAUCUACCAAGUCUGACUUUAAUUACGACUAAAUCUCUGCUCCAUCUCUUUACGGGUAACUUUAGAAAAGACAUCGGAGAAUGCUUUUAUGCAUUUCCCCCCCUGCCAUGCAUCGACUCUUAACUGAAAGCUGCCAAAGCUGUGAUUAAAGCAAGAGUCUUACUGCCAGAGGGGGUAAACCUGAUGCUGGGGAGUGUGGCAGAGAGCGAUACAGCCCAGAAUCACUGCUGAAGAAGUGCUGCUGUCAGCAGUACUGAGGAAGGGGGAGAGAGGCAGCUGAGAGAAGCUAGCAACAGAAGAAAGAGAACCAUUUGAUGGAAGAAAAGAAAAAGAAAAAACAAGAAGAAAAGACCAAGAAGGAAAUUGCUCAGAAAAAGGCUGCUGAUCAGAAACCCAAAGUGCCAGAGCCUGCUCCCACUAAGCCCAGUCCCGGCCCAUCCCACCACCCCGCCAGCCCCACGCUGCCCCUCUCCUCCUCCUCCUCUUCUUCUGGCAAUGGCAAGCGCGCCUCCUGCAGUAGCCAGCUCCUGACUCAGACUCCCCCUCAGCAACAGUGCCAGUUGUCCUCUGCCAGUGCUCGCUACCCACCCAGAGAGGUGCCCCCGCGCUUCCGUCAGCAGGAGCACAAGCAGCUACUGAAGAGAGGCCAGCCACUGCCAGCAGGAGCCCUCAGCGCUCUCACUCUCUCCUCCUCCUCUUGCUCCUCUUCCUCCUCUUCACCCUCAGCAUCUUACUCUUCUUCUACGAGUACCAGCAGCACUACCACAAACUCUGCCACGUCCACUGCGAGCAAACGCCACCAAGACAUAUCCCUCCAGUGUGGCCCUGGUGCCCAGUAUGAGAUCUCUUAUUGGGGAGCCUCUGUACCAGUUGACAGCCCAUCAAGUGCCAACAGCUGGGACAAAGUGAUUAUUGACAAGAGUGAUACAGAAGCUUGGCCCUCCAUCAGCCGCAGUAGUGACCCCAGCAACCCUGUAACACCAGAAUGCCCCUCGGGCUCCACCAGCUCUAACCUAGACACCAGUGCUGUCACUACUACCAGUAGGAGUAGUUUUGUGAGUAUGGCCACAGGCGCAGCAGGCCAGCAGGCCCACUACCCCUCUCUCAAAGCUAACAAUAACAUGAUGACAGGACCUGGAUCAACCAACGCAUUAGUAGGUAAUAGAGGCUGGGUUUCAGAUGGUAAACAAGAUGGUAUGAAUAGUGGCAGAGUUGGAGCACCCAAUAACUGGGGCUCUUCCAAUUUUAACUUGAAUCUCAACCCAAAUGCCAACCCUUCAGCCUGGCCUGUUCUGGGCCAUGAGAGUGUUGGAGGUGGUACCAGUGGGGUGUCCAGCUCUUCAUCCCUUCCACCAGGCAUAAAUGGCAAUGGAAAUUUAGGAAAUGGGAACAUGGGAGGUGCUGAUAACGGUGGGGGAAGUUGGGUUGGCAUGAUGAGUGCUACAGAAAAUGAGCAACAGCACCCUUCAACCAACACAAACUUGUCCUUCAAUAUAGAGCCUGUUAACCUUAACACUGAUGGACCAAACCACACUAAACAACAACCAGCUCAGGAGCCUAUGAGCCCUAUCCACGGUUUAACUGGUUGGGGAGGCCAGUCACCCACUGAGUCAUCCCAGCUCAAUGGGGAUACAACCGGCAGCUCUGUAUGGGGUAGUGGAGAAACCAAGGCAGCUGACUCCCCCAAGGACUCCAGCUGGGACUCAACAACAUCUGGAGGCCUCUCUGCUUGGGGUCGCCAAGGCAGUGGUGGUGGGAGUAGUGGAAGUGGUGGCUGGGGUGACUGGGGAAAGUCCUCUGGCGGUGGAGAAGCAACUAAAGGUUGGGACAACAUAGAUGCUGGUAGUUCUGGCUCAGGCCAAGACCAGCAACUGAGCUCUUGGGGCCAGCAGCUUGGAACAGCUCCAGCAAGUGAGGACAGCGGAGACAGCAGUGAAGGUCGAUCCCAGCGUAGAGACAGAUCCUCCAGCAUGGAAUUUGCCCCUUUGCUACCACGGCAAGACCUUGACCCUAGAGUCCUGAGUAACACAGGUUGGGGACAGACCCCUGUCCGGCAGAACACUGUAUGGGAGAUGGAAGAAGCAAACUCUGAUGAUGGAAAGAGCAGUAGCAGCUCAGACACCAUAGGAGCCUCCAGCUCCAAUGGCGGACCCUCAUCUACCAAUGGCACCAUAACUCCUACCAUUGCUCAGAGGCCUGGAUCUGGAGGGAAAAGUGACAGUGAAGGAUCUUCAUCUUCUGGGUGGGGAGCUCCAGCAUCUCAGCCAGUCCAGACAGGAUCAGGAUGGGGUGACCCCCCACAGUCACUCAGUAAAGCUCCAAAUGGCACUACUAGUGGCUGGGGAGAUCCUUUGCCUUCCAGUGGUCCCAAGAAUGGGGGUACCUCAUCCUGGGGAUCAGAGGACAAGUCAUCCAGCUGGGACAAUGGCCCAGUGAAAAGCCAGCCUACUAGCUGGGGAGAAGGCCCCAAAAAUGCCCAUAAGUGGGGCAACAAUAAUGGUGGUUCUAAUGGCUCCACCACAGGGGAAUGGGGAGAGCCAGACAUCAAGAAUAAUGGUUCCUCUAGCAGCAUGUGGGAAGGAGAAGGAAGUAACGGAGGAAAUGGUGGAUGGAAGGAAAGUCCUCGAGGAGCAAAUGGAGGAGGCUGGGGCAAAACUCCUGCUGUGAGUAAUAGCAGCUGGGGGGAGACCUCACGUGCCAAUGGACCAGUGCAGGGUGGCUGGGGCUCCUCCAAGCCACAAGAAAGCAGCAGCAGCAGCACUGGUAGUGGAGGAGGUGGAAGUAUUGGUUCUUGGGGAGGUCCCAGUUCUGUGAAGCAGAACAACUCUAGCUGGGGUAAUGUCAGCAAACAGGACCAAGGUAUGGAGCCUACUGGCUGGGAAGAGCCCUCUCCUCCCUCCAUUCGUAGGAAGAUGGAGAUUGACGAUGGAACAUCUACCUGGGGGGAUCCCAGUGCCUACAACAAGACAGUCAACAUGUGGGAUCGUAACAAUCCCAGUAGUAACCCAGGCAACAGCGGCCCCCCUCCAAGUAAGAAUGGUGGAAUGAUUAUUCCCAACAAUAACAACAACAAUCACUCCGUUGGACCUGGCAACAACAAUCACCAUCACUCUCACCCUCACCAUAUGCACCACCAUACUCAUCAUGGCCAGCCCCCAACUCACCUGCAACACCAUGGAAACAACAAUGGGUCUCCCAACAAUGCUGCAUCACAUCCAAGUGUGGGGCCCCAAGGCAGACCCACCCUCUCCAACCCAGGCUGGGGGGAGAUUCCAAGUGUUCAGCCCAAGUCAGAACCUGCUUGGGGAGAGCCAGCAGCUCCAACAUCAGCUGUGGACAAUGGUACCUCAGCCUGGGGCAAGCCCCCAGGUGGGGUAGGAGGAUGGGGAGACGGUGGCCAUGAGUCCUCCGGCCCCUAUGGCAGGGGAAGUGGACCCCCAGGUUCUGCACCUUGCAAGCCAGGCCCCAAACCUAUGCAAGAUGGCUGGGGAAAUGGAGGGGAAGAGAUGGGCAUGUCUACCAGCCAAUGGGACACUGAGGAUGGGGAUGUAUGGAACAGCCCAACCCCCCAGGAGAGCAGCUCUUCUUGUAACUCCUGGAGCAAUGGACCCAAGAAGUGCCCAAACAAGGGGAAGAUGGGCAACAAGCCAGAUGAGGCCUGGAUUAUGAACCGUCUCAUCAAACAACUUACUGACAUGGGCUUUCCGAGAGACCCUGCUGAGGAGGCAUUGAAGAGCAACAAUAUGAACCUUGACCAGGCUAUGACUGCUCUUUUAGAGAAGAAAACAGACCUGGACAAGCGGGGCAUGGGCAUGUCUGAUUACAGCAAUGGCAUGAACAAGCCUUUGGUGUGUCGGCCUUCCGCACUCUCCAAAGACCCCUCCGAGCGCAACGCCUUCCUCGACAAGGAUGGUGUCCUGUCAGAUGACACCCCCCCAUCACCGUUUUUGCCUUCCCCCAGCCUGAAGCUCCCCCUGGCCAAUAGUAGCCUUCCUGGGCAGGGUCUGGGACAGGGCAACCCGGGGCUGGCCAUGCAAAACUUGAACAGACAGAUACCCAGUGGAAUGUUUGGCAGUAAUGGAGCAGCACAAACCCGGGCCAUGCAGCAGCAGCCUCCUCAGCCACCAGUGCCACCUCUCAGCUCCUCCCAGCCUAGUCUACGUGCUCAAGUGCCUCCGUUUCUCUCCCCUCAGGUCCAAGCACAGCUCUUGCAGUUUGCAGCAAAAAACAUUGGUCUGAACCCUGCACUUUUAACUUCACCAAUAAACCCUCAACAAAUGACCCUGUUGUACCAACUUCAGCAACUGCAAAUGGCGUACCAGCGUUUACAAAUCCAGCACCAGAUGAUGCAGGCGCAGCGCAAUGUUUCCGGCCCUAUUAGACAACAAGAGCAGCAAGUUGCACGUACAAUCACCAACAUGCAGCAGCAGAUCCAGCAGCACCAGCGUCAGCUGUACCAAGCGCUGCUGAUGAAGCAGCAACAACUUCCCUCUCAUUCCUCUUCUUCUUCCUCCUCCUCCACUGGUCUGCAUCCCCCCGGUGGCCCCGCCGGAGGCCCCGGCUCUGGCAAAUCAACCCUGGACCCCUUCACAGGCACUCACCAGGCUCCGAGCCUUGCCGAUACACUGCACACCAAAGAGCCGCCGUCGUCGCCCAGCGCCUACAGCACCUACCCUCUCUCUGGACUGAAUCCAAACAUGAAUGUAAACUGCAUGGAGGUUGGGGGUCUGUCCCUUAAGGAGCCCCCUCAGCCCCAAUCCCGCCUGUCCCAGUGGACACACUCCAACUCCAUGGACAACCUCUCUGGCAACUCUUCAAAUCUGGAGAACAACCUCAAUAAGCACGGUGCCAUAUCUGCUGCCUCUACCCUGGUCCCUCCUGGGAAGCCUCCUCAGCUGGAGGACUCAUACAGCCCUUACAAUCUAAUCUCCAGCUCUGAGUCUCCCACCAGCCCCCUCGUGCCCCCUGACUGGGGCCAGGGCAAGAGUCCCAGUGAAAAGAUCUCCAAUGGGACCAACAUUAACUGGCCCCCAGAGUUCUGCCCAGGGGUGCCAUGGAAAGGCCUUCAGAACAUCGACCCUGAGAAUGACCCCAAUAUGACCCCUGGCAGCGUCCCCAGCGGUCCCACCAUCAACACCAACAUCCACGACGUCAACCGUUACCUGCUGCGAGACAGGAAUGGAGGUAAACUGUCUGACAUGAAAUCCACUUGGUCCCCAGGGCCCAUCUCUCAGAGCCAAGCUUCUUUGUCCCACGAGCUUUGGAAAGUCCCACAGGGGCCACGCAGCACCACAGCCCCAUCACGGCCUCCGCCAGGCCUCACUAACACCAAGCCCUCCUCCACCUGGGGAGGCAAUUCACUGGGUCUGUCUCAAGGCUGGAGUGGCUCAUACUCCUCUGAGGGAACCACAUGGAGUACAGACAGCUCCAACAGAACCAGCAGCUGGCUGGUGCUGAGGAAUCUCACCCCACAAAUUGAUGGUUCAACUCUGCGGACCCUGUGUAUGCAGCACGGCCCCUUGAUCACAUUCCAUCUCAACCUGACCCAGGGGAAUGCUGUGGUGCGCUACAGCUCCAAGGACGAGGCUGCCAAGGCCCAGAAGUCCCUGCACAUGUGCGUGCUCGGAAAUACCACAAUCCUGGCGGAGUUUGCUGGCGAGGAGGAAGUGAACCGCUUUUUUGCACAAGGCCAGUCGCUGGGGGCAAACACCACGAGCUGGCAGGCCAACCCGGGAACCAAUCAAAACCGAAUGGGCGGGGCAGCGCAGUCCCACUCAAUUGGCCAGUGGAGCAGCAGCACCGGCGGAGGCAAGGCCAGCGGAGGCGACCUGCUGUGGGGCGGUGUGCCUCAGUACUCCAGCCUGUGGGGUCCGCCCAGUGGAGAGGACGCACGCGUGAUUGGGAGCCCCACCCCUAUUAACACCCUGCUGCCUGGAGAUCUGCUGAGUGGGGAGUCCAUGUAGGAUGAUGCCACAACACACUAACCAACCAACCAACUCACCGCCACCAUGUCAUGUAAGCCAUUGGUGGAGGGUGGGGUGGAGUAAGAAAAGAAAAAAAAAAAUCAAUGUGAACAGGAGCAAAACCCAAGCAAAUCAUGUGGUGAUAAUCAGUAUCAAUUUGAACUGUUUGAACUGUGAAUUGUAAAUCAGAAGGUUGGGGUCAUUACCACAGACUGCAGACCCCAGUCCUUUUGUUUUACUUUGGUCCCUUUCUCAUUUGGUUUGCCGUUUUUUGUUUUUGAGGGAAAACAGCCCUUUUUGUCCUCUUGGUAUUUUUUAAAAUGCAUUAUAUUAAAAAAAAAAAAAACUGAAGUGAGACGCAACACAAAGAAACCUUUUAACUGUUUUAUUAGUUUUUCCAUAAGUAUUCAUGGCAUUCUGUGGGAGGAUUUCUUUUUAGGAGAAGCAAUCAAAGCUGCCAUCUGAGACUUUCCUUUUCCCUCCUAAAAACAAAUAAAAAAAAAAUCAUCCCAAAAUAAGACUUACAACAACCAUUCCCAGCAUAUCCAUGGCCAAUGAUGUUGUUCAAAGACCUUUACUAGUUAUGUUAAUGUUUGUUUCUCAGCACUAAUAUUAGCCUUAAGUGCUCUCUGGCCCAGGUCCUUCCCAAGCCGUCUUUGUUUUUUGUUCUUUUUUUUUGUUUUGUAACUGAAGAAAAAGCUGAAAUCUUGCACAGUUUCACCUCUGAGCCAGCGAGCGGUACAGGACACAACUGGUGACUGACUUUGUCGCCGGGCAGUAAGAAGGCCUGGCCACGCCACGUGACUGGCACUACCAAUCAUCUACGUAUUAUUUUAAUUUGUCUUAAAGGGAUUGACACAGUUGUUUUUUUGUUGUUUUUGUUUUGUUUUUUUGGUAGGCCUAAAUCCAAGCAAAAGUUUUGACACCCAUCACAAGGAAUAAGCUGAGAGAAGAUUAUUUGUCAGCCUUGCUGCGUUUGUCCGUUUCCUUAUGAAUAUGUAUGUCCGGUGGCACCUAAUCAUUGACCUCUGUGAGCCCGGAUCCUUCUGGUCACCUUUAAAAUCGGAACCCAGUUGCUUUCUGGUGCUUUGUUGAAUUUUCUAAUGACAGAUUUGUUAUGAAGCCCAGCGGCCUUUAUGGUCGGCCAAUUUUCGGAGGAAAAAAACCUCAAUUCUACUUUCAAGUGACAGUUACAUUGUGCAAUAUACACCAUAGACCUUUCUUCCGUCCACAGUCGAUGUCCACCGGAGCUGGUUUGUCUAAUUUUUUUGUUUUCUUGUUUGUCUUUUAUGUUUUGAAUGUUGCUGAUUUCAGCAAAAAGACUUUGGAACUUCAAAAAAAAAAAAAAAAAAACCCACCUUACCCCCAUUUUUCAAAACUUGGAUUCCCUCCAGACCACCAGUCCCCUUGAAACUGUUGGGAAAAUUCUGCAAAGAGGAAGAAGCAGCUGUUGAACUGUGUAUGCAGCAAAUUGUACUAAAAAGUGACACUGGGGUACACAACAAUGCACACUUCCUCUCUGCGUGCCACAGCCACACCCAACAGAGACUGAAACCACAGCGGGAUUGGAUGGUUCUGGGCAUCUGGCACAAUACCAAAUAAGAGGGGUUUCUCCUAAUGCAGUAGACCUACGAGUGUUCCUUGCGUUUGGUACUGUACAAACAGAAGAGACUAAGAUUUUUUUUUUGAGUUCUAAGGGUUUUAUCAUAGCACUUAUGAAGAGCAAAUCGCUUCAACUGCAAUCCAAUAAAUCAAAAAGGAGCAGCAAAAACGAUGAAAACAACACAAAAAAAGUACUGCUCUUUUAUGUACUGUAUCUAUUCCAUGGAAACGUGUCUGGCGUUGUUCCUCUGGUAGCAGGCUGAAGGGAAACAAAACUGAACUGUACCAUUGGACUUUUGGGGGAAAAAACUUCACUCUUGGUUUUUUCCCCUUUUUUGAACUAUAUCAACGUGAUUAUCACUGUUACUCCAAAAAUUGUUAUCCUUGCUCUCUUUGGAGGCUCUAGACUUUGCAGUGUCAGUGGUCUCUGACACCCGCUGGACAGCCAAUCCGGUCAGUCAGUGGUUGAGUCAGAGUGGGGUGAGGUGGGGGAGUGUCCACUGAGUGCCUCUUUGCUGUGGUCCUCUGGAUGUCGAGCGGCAGCCCCACAGCGCAGCACUUCCUCCUGGGCUCCACUUGACCGUCUCUCAGUCUGGCGUGAAAAACAGAUCCUCCGGGACUGGCCAAUCACGGCUCUCUGCCGCACACACGGCAUCUCCAACAGGGGCCCACUACCACUCGACCCUGCUGUCAUCCUGCCCUCUCCCCCACCUCCCAUCUCUCAGUUCUUUGACACAAAGAUCACUUUAGCUGGAAGAUGUAAUAGUCAUAUUUCUGGAAUUUUUGCCAGUGUACUUUGUAUUUUUUGGAAAAGAUCAUUUGACUUUUUUUUUUCCAGUGUGUUAUAUUGUUAUUUUUAUCUACAUGCAGUGGUCUACAAAGUACUGGCUGCUGAACUAGCCCUUCACUGUUCAUAUGCAGAAACACUUUGGUCAGAGGUGCCUCUGUAUGUUCAUCCUGUGUAUUGAAUGCAAAAUGAGGAUCAAUACUACAGACCGUUAAUGAUUGUCUAUUUGUUUUUAACUGAUCAUGCUUUCUUCGUUUGACAGUAUUCUGUAGUACUUCCAGGUAGUAUCUUGAGAUGUGUAAGAAAAAAAAAAAAGGUGUCUCAGACGGGGAUGUGGGUGUUUGCCGCUCCAAGCUGCUCCACCUGCCCGCAGGCUGUCCCCCCUUGCCCUUUGCCUAGCUGCUAUGCUAUGACCUCCUCUCCUCCUUCUCCUCCACCACAAGAAGACCCAGUAGCCCUCCCCUGACCAGGCACCUACAGGCCCUCAUAUCUGUUUCUAUGCAAAAAGACGAGAGGCUGGGGCCCUUUACAGCACGCCAAAGCUGUCUUGGGAAUGAGCACUCCUCCCAGAGCUUGGCAUAUCCUAACAAUUGUCCCCCAUGCGCUCCUGUCAGCACUUCAAACUGGCCGCAGUUUCUGUAAAGUCAGGCUCAGCCACCAGAACACUGUCAUGUAUCUAAAAGUUAGAACACUUUAUCAAAAGGUCGGCCUUUCUCUCUGAGCUGAAGACGCUUCUGUCCAGCUUGAUCUCAGGGUAGGGGAGUUGAUGAUACAAAGUAUGAGAUGCAGCUCUCCGUAUCUGUCCUUUCUACUGUGAGAGCAAAGUCUAAAACUUCGAAGGCCAUCUGCACGCAGCAGGACGUACAGACCUCAUGCCUCGAAACUGAAUCCUUAUUGUAGGGGGGAAGAGGCUCGCAUUGAAUCCUCUUCCCAAAAAGAUGGCCUCUUGUUAUUGUUUGGGGAGACAUUAUUGCAUGUAAAAAGAUGCCAAUGUAUUGUGCCAAUAUAAAUUUGCUGUGUCAUACUGUAUAUUUAUAGAGAGCACUUCUGUUCCCUGUUUGGAGGAGCUUCGAUGACCUUUGCAGAGGGUGUAGGGGGGGACAGGAGGGAUCAAACAAAAGGGCGGCAGCAUCACACCCUGAAGCGACUGAGAUUUUUUUUUAUGCUUUUGUGGGGAAUGCCCCAAGCUAAGGAGAAAAUCUUUACUCAGUUGGGGGUUCCGGUUUGCUACAGUGCACAGUUGAUGAUGGGUAAUCCCGGGUACAUAUUUUUUUAAAACCAAAAAUGAAAUUGCAUUUUAACGUCAUUUUUAUGAAGUUUGACAUAAAAAUCUUAAAAAUGCUAAAAAAUCUAAAUGGAAAAAAAAAGAUCUAUAAUAUGUUAAAAGCUCUGCACUUCUAGCUGAAACGUCUCUGGUCAUCAGCCUCUGCUACCAACAUCUAAAGGAGCAGAGCGGUGGCUGGGGUGCCUUUUUUUGUGGAUGCUGUAUUUAUCUCGUUUUACGUUUGUGCCCUGCUCAAAGCAGGCCCACUGAACUGUACAUUUCCACAGACCCAGGUGGCUUGGGCCCACUGUAUCAGCCUCACUCUCUGAUUCUGCAUCAGCAGGAGCAGAGAGGCACAUUUCAAGAGGUACAAAGUCUUAAAAAUGAAACAAAAAAACAAAAAAAAAAGCUUAAAAAUAUAUAUUAAAAAAAAAUAAAAAAUAAGAAAACGGGAAAAGGCUACCUUUCAGGACUUGCAGUCCUGCAGCACACAAGCAAAAAUCACUAUUGCCUGUUUCUGUAACUGCCUUGAUCCAAGCUCAGACAGACCCAAUAGCCGAGGACCUCCCAGCAUCCUGUACUAACUGGAGAACCCUGACAGUGAAGGGGGUUUCCCAUGCUGCACCAGCAUCGAGAGGCUCUCCUCUCUACAGCUCUGUUCUAGAUAGCAGUAUAUGUAUACACUACAUAUAAAUAUAUAUAUCUAUAUAUAUAUAUACUGUGAGUACGGUGUGUGGUAUCACCUCUUCAGACUUCUUGGAUCGUAACCUCUGAAACUUUCAUUUUAGUUUGAAAGGUCUUGGUUUAACACAGCUGAAAAUGAGCAAUAUGUAUUUUCCCCGCAAAUAAGUGAGACAAAGGAAAGAAUUUGAGUCGGGUAUAAACUGAUACUUGACUGAUCGAAAGCAAAGUCUUUCUUGUACGGAGUCAGAUAUGCACGUUCUGGUUUUGAUGACAUAUUACAGUACUAUGAAGUGUUUGUACUGUAUAUGUGUGUUAUUUGUUUGUUAAUUAGGCUGCCUAAAAGCCCAACCUGAAUCACCUGGUUUAAUGCAUAUUUUACCCAGUUGAUUAAAAAAAAGAAAAAAAAAAGAAAUCACAAACAUAUCAAAACAAAACAAAACAUUGAACAGAAAUACUUGAAUCAUUGAACGCCAAUAACAUAAUGUGAAGUCGGUAAUUAUUAUUUUUUUGUUCUUUCCAUCUGACAGGUACACUUAGGGGCUUUUAGAGAACAUCAGAUGUGUAUUGCAUUAAGUUACAAAUACAAAAUCUUUGGAAAAAAAAAAACAACAAAGUCAUCUUAGAUGUGUGCUUGAAAGUCAGAUGUUUGUAUGAAUGUGUGCUCAAGAAACUGUGUGUACAGGGCACGUGGCCUGCUGUUAUGUUCCACUCAGUACGUUAUAUUUUGUGUCUGUUUAUAUCUUCUUUUUUUCGUUGUUGUUAUUGUUGAUGAUCUGUCAAAAACUAUUCUGAUAGACGUUGUUAUCUUCUAACGUUGCACUGAGUGUCUUCUACCCCUCACUCAGCUAAUCGUAGUUAAACGAGUCUAAGUACGGAGGGGCGAUGGUGACAAUUCAUGUGUACAUGUUUACUCAAGGACUUUGUUUUUCCAUUCUGUAAAAAGUUUAUCUACCUUAUAGUGGCUUUUAUUGUGGAAUAAUCCAAUACAAGGAUUAUCUUGAGUAUUGCACCAUUUUGUUCCAAUUAUAUAUAAAAAAAAAAAAAAAUAGGAAAAAAAAAUUAAAAAAGAAAAAUGUGCAAAAAAAAUGACAAAAGAAAAAAAAGAGUAACAAAAAAAACAAACAAAGAACUGUGGCCAUAGAUAGCUGUAGAAGGACUAGUAAUCCCGAUUUUAACUUCAUGGAGAGACGGAAAGGGAUAAAGUGUGGGAGGUGAGUUUGUUAUAAGACUCAUUUCAGAGGUGCCUAUCUUUUCUUUUUUUAUUUUGCAAAAGCCACCUGUCGUUUACAAAGCAUUUCAUUUAUCUGAGUUCAAGGAAACAGGAAUGUUUUUUGGUUUUGUUUUGUUUUUUGUUUUGUUUUUUAAGGACAAAUUUCAUCUUCCAUCAAAUAUGGACAUGAAAAUCUUGCAAAAUGAAGAUUUAUGCUACUUUCAGAACUCUGGGAUUGAUCAGUGUUGUCAUAUUUCAAUUUUUAAUUUCUCUUUUAGUAUCGAUGGACUAUCUCUGUAUGUGUUAUGUGGUGAUUUUAUGUUUUCUGUAAUACUGCAACGCAGUUUACUCACUAUCUUGCACACUCAUUAAAAAAAAAACAAAAAAGAUGUGGAUUUUGUCUCAGGAAGGCCAGGGUUCCAGAUACCAACUCCAUCAUUUCUAGGUUUGAUGUUCGUGUGAAAAUAAGCAACUGAGAACUAUUAAACUCCAAGAAAGCACUGAAGUUUAUGAGUUUAACAGAAUAUAGAGAUUACCAUUGUUUCUUUAAAACAACAAAAAAUGUUCGUAGCAAGUCACAUAUUUACCAAAUAAGACUAAGAAUCAACUUUGAGAAAAGUGGAGCGCUUUACAUGUGAAAUUUGAAGUAGAAAUUGCUUUACAUUUAAACGCGAUCAGUGGUUUGAUUGUCAUUAUGACAGUGACAGGAAAAUGCAUUUGUAUGUUUUGACUUUGAGUUUCCAUCCUGUAGUUCAGGAGCACGUGCAAGACACUUUUUGUUUGCUUGUUUUAAAAUCAUCUCUCCUGCCUGUUAACAUGUCAGUUCCUGUGACAGGUAUUGAAUAGCUGAGAGAUUUCUUAACAUGUAACAGAUGGUUUUCAGAGGCAUGUUGAAGAGGAGGAAUAAAGCUGGUUUUUAAUGGAUCAUGAUCUAUGCACAAGUGGGAGGGAGGAGUCCAAACCCUGCUGCUGUACUGCGGGCGUUUGUUGACUCAGACUCUGGGGUUCAGGGUUUGAUGGAGGGUUUUCAUUUUUUUUGUGUGUGUUUUUUGCUGAAAUUUCUUCCACUCCCAUCCCACCCAUUGUCAUCUAAUGUUUUAGCAAAAUUUUACAUUGCGUCGUCAUGCUGUGUAAUCCUUAACCAAUGAGCGCUUAUCCUUCUGCUAAAGCACUGUGGGUUGUACUGAGGAAAAAACAAAAAAGAAGCCCGUUACUUUUAAGGCUGUCUGUUUUGUUUUUUUUUAAGGGGAGGACGGCGGGUGGGUUGUGGCAGUGGGGGUACUUUGCCUUUGCCUUUCUCUUUACUUUGAAGAAAAAAAAAGUAAAAUUGUCUGUAACUGAAAUACAAAGUUGUGGCUUUUAAUGUUGUUCUUUUUUUCUCCUCAUAGAAUGUGAUUGUUAAAGACAUGCACCGAAAAAAAAAUGUUUCCAUGGAUUUAUGGAACUUCUUUCGGACUAUAUUAAUAAACUGCAAAUUUUCUUGUCUGUUA